AUGGCUAAUCUCAAGCUCCAACGGUGGGAGGAGGCAGAGCUUGACGCUUCCAACGCCGCUCAGCUGGAAACGACCUACAAGGCCUUUUAUCGUCGCGCCCAAGCCCGUCUCAAGCUUGGACAUCCUGAAGCGGCCGAACGCGACGUCAAGCGGGUUCUCGAUAUGGCCCCCAAGAGCGAAGAAUCCACUCCUUCCUCGAGCCCAUAUUUCAAAGUUACAAUUGACUACUUGUCGUAUCCCCACAUUUUCGAGGAUGCCCUUGUCAAGCUGGUAUCAGUGGCCGAGGUGAUCCGUACACGUGUCGACCACGACGGCCUCUACCAUUCAGCCAACCUCGACCUUACGGAUUGUCGACCUCGCAAGGUUGUUGUCUUCCCCGCGACCCAUAAGCACUACCACACUCACCAGGAACCGAUAUCGCAGGUUGUCAAACUACCAACGACAACUACCCGCCUUGUCUUCCCUCUGGGUCUCUAUCGCGAGAUUGACGCCACAACAGCCGGUGUCAUGUCGGCGCCCAUCUACCCUGUCCAGCUUCGCAACUUUGACGUUACCUCAACACCGACUGUAUCAAACCCCCAGUGUGACCUGGUGAUUCACGUCGACCUUCACUACAUCCCCGAGCGCAAGGACAAGGACAGUUCAGCGGGAGCCCGCGAGUCCGGCAACGACGCCUUUGCGGCCGGCGACUGGAAGGAAGCCAUCCGCUGGUACACGGUGUCCAUUAAGGCCAAGCCCAAUGACCACCGGCCUUGGUCCAACCGUGCCCAGACGAAUCUCCAGCUUGAACGUUGGGAGGAUGCAGAGUUCGAUGCGUCCACUGCUGCCCAGAUCGCCCUGAUCGAAGGCGAGGCUCCAGACAAGUCCUACUAUCGCCGUACCCAAGCUCGUUUCAAGCUCGGUCACCUUGAAGCCGCCAAACGCGACAUGAACCGUCUCCUGAAGUCGAACCCCACGCAGCAGCAAGCGGUUCGCAAGCUUGCCGAGAUUGAGGAAGCCAUUCGUCUGCGCCCGGCCGAUUCGAGCCCAGCCACGGAAGCCGCGUCCACCAAGUAUGUGCUCGAUCACACCUCCUACCCCCAUGUCCUCAAGUGCAUCAUUCUCCACGCAGCUCCUCAAGUUCUUCUUGCGUUGCGUGCCACAUGCCGCACUCUGCGUGACCUCAUCGCCUCUCCAGCCACCCACGUCGAGAUUAGUGCGGACAGCAAUGUGUACAAUCACGAGGACAUGUCUCAGAUUUUCAAGUUUACCAAGAUAUUCAAGACGACAAUCACCCAGUCCACCCCACCAGGCUCCACCCACACCUCGUAUGAGGGUUGGCAGGACCCCGCUACUUCAAUCCUUGCCCGCCAGGAACGCACCAUGUUUGAACUUUGCUGUCUGAACGCUCGUGUCGUAGACCUCCGUGGACACGUCCCCCAAGCCCUUCACCGUCUCUUCCCCAACCACGAGGUAGUGCGCAUCCGGACCGACAAGAACGGCGACUAUCCCCACCAACAAGACUUGAGCCUUAUGACCUCUGGCUCUAAGAAGGUGGUCAUCUUCCCUGGAAUCGCCAGACCGGAGACGGACGGUGGUGGGGCAGAGGUCCGCAUUGACCUGCCUAAAACUGUCAACCGCAUCGUUUAUCUUCUGGACGUGUUUACCCCAAACGCGAGUACCCCGGAAUUUCUUCCAGUGGAAGUCCUUCCGUCUCCUGAACAGUUCAGUCGUCUUGGCUUUGGAAGGCACACCUUUGACACGGUUCUCAACAUGGACCCGUCGGCCCCCAUUCAUCGGCAGCGCGACGUCGUCCUCAUUUGUCCCACCGUCGCCAGCACUCCUGAAGUUAAACGCCACAUUGAUCUCGCUACUCUACUGCUGUGGAAGAACAUUGUCGGCAUUACCAUCACGGGACUUGGCUUGGGAUCUGAGCGGAUCAAGAUUGUCAACCUCGAAGGCGCCGUGCCCUUCUUCAUUCACGCGGCACGUUACAACCCCGGCAUUCUUCCCCGCUUUCCUGGCCGCGUCUCCAGGCCUGAGCCAUUCAAGGACAACCACUUUGGUCCUCAAGAGCGCAUGUUCGUUCUGCAGGCCUUCCAGCGCUUCAUCAAGGACAAGGUCUUUGAGCUUUACCCCACACUGGCCGAACGCAUGAACUCCUUACUCCACACACGUCCUUAUGCGCCGUUGACCCAGGAAUCCCUCAACAAGAUCGACUUUCUCACCGAGGAGGAAUACCGUGGCGCUUUGAAGGCGGGAGAGUGGGAGGAAGAAACGGUCGAGGUCAUGCCCGGCUUUAUGUAG